UGAUACGGGUUUUGGGUAAAACCCACCCGGGUCGCUGAGUUGUCGGGUAAUCAAAAUCACAUUGUCACCCAAACUGAACACGAACAACAACAAAGAAGAAGACGACGAAGACGAAGAACAGAAAAAGCAAAAAAUGAUAGCAACGGAAGGAAUGGAAGACGAAGAGAAAUGGCUAGCAGAAGGCAUCGCCUCUAUUCAACACAACGCAUUCUACAUGUCUCGUGCAUUGGAUUCGGAUAAUCUCAGAGAAGCAUUGAAGUAUUCUGCUUUGUUGCUGUCUGAGCUUCGGACUUCAAAACUUUCGCCGCACAAAUACUACGAGCUCUAUAUGCGAGCAUUUGAUGAAUUGAGGAAGCUGGAGAUGUUCUUCAGAGAAGAAGAUAGACAUGGUUGUUCAGUUAUUGACUUAUAUGAACUUGUUCAACAUGCUGGAAAUAUAUUGCCUCGAUUGUAUCUCCUAUGUACAGUAGGAUCUGUUUACAUAAAAUCCAAAGAGGCUCCUGCUAAGGAUAUUCUCAAGGAUCUUGUUGAAAUGUGUCGUGGUAUUCAACAUCCUACACGUGGGCUCUUCCUGAGGAGUUAUCUUGCUCAAAUUAGCAGAGAUAAAUUGCCAGACCUAGGUUCUGAGUAUGAAGGAGAAGGUGAUACUGUCAUGGAUGCUGUAGAUUUUGUGCUGCAGAACUUCACAGAGAUGAAUAAGCUUUGGGUUAGAAUGCAGCAUAAUGGACCUGUCAGGUUGAAAGAGAAGCUGGAAAAAGAAAGGAGCGAACUUCGUGAUCUCGUCGGGAAGAAUUUGCACGUUCUUAGUCAGAUAGAGGGUGUUGAUCUUGAAAUCUAUAAAGACGUGGUUCUGCCCAGAGUAUUGGAGCAGGUUGUCAAUUCUAAGGAUGAGAUUGCGCAAUAUUAUCUGAUGGACUGCAUAAUUCAGGUCUUUCCAGAUGAGUACCACUUGCAGACACUUGAAACUUUAUUGGGUGCUUGUCCACAACUCCAACCUGCUGUUGACGUUAAGACUGUGCUGUCACGGUUGAUGGAGAGAUUGUCGAACUAUGCUGAUUCAAGUCCUGAAGUGUUACCUGACUUCCUUCAAGUUGAAGCAUUUGCCAAGCUAAGCAGUGCCAUUGGGAAGGUCAUUGAAGCACAAGUUGAUAUGCCAGUUGUUGGAGCCAUUUCUUUGUAUGUAUCACUUCUGACCUUCACUCUCCAUGUUCAUCCUGAUCGACUAGACUACGUGGAUCAAAUACUGGGAGCAUGCGUCAAGAAACUUUCUGGUAAAGCCAAGCUUGAGGAUAGUAAAGCAACAAAACAAGUUGUUGCUCUCUUGAGUGCACCCUUGGAGAAAUACACUGACAUUGUGACAGUUCUAACUCUUUCAAAUUAUCCACGUGUCAUGGAUCACCUUGAUGCUGGAACAAAUAAGAUCAUGGCACAGAUAAUCAUUGAGAGCAUCAUGAAGAAUGACACCUGUGUAUCAACUGCUGACAAGGUCGAGGUUUUGUUUGAAUUGAUAAAAGGGCUUAUCAAAGACUUGGAUGGAACUGCUACGGAUGAGCUUGAUGAGGAGGAUUUCAAGGAGGAACAGAAUUCUGUUGCUCGCCUUAUACACGUUCUGUACAACGAUGAGCCUGAGGAAAUGUUAAAGAUAAUAUGCACUGUUAGGAAGCAUAUAAUGGCUGGAGGUCCAAAGCGCCUAACUUUUACAGUUGCUCCUCUUGCCUUUUCAGCACUAAAGUUGGUUAGGAGAUUGCAAGGUCAGGAUGGAGAUAUGGCGGGAGAAGAGGUUCCAGCUACACCAAAGAAAAUUUUUCAGUUAUUGAAUGAGACUAUCGAGGCUCUUUCUACAGUUCCAUCGGCAGAAUUGGCAUUGAGGUUAUACUUGCAGUGUGCAGAGGCCGCCAAUGAUUGUGAACUUGAAGUGAUUGCUUAUGAAUUUUUUACACAAGCUUUUGUACUAUAUGAAGAAGAAGUUGCGGAUUCUAAAGCGCAAGUGACUGCAAUACACUUGAUAAUCGGAACUCUUCAAAAGAUGACUGUGUUUGGUGUUGAGAACAGGGAUACCUUAACACAUAAGGCCACAGGGUAUUCAGCAAAACUCCUAAAGAAACCUGAUCAAUGUAGAGCAGUUUAUGCUUGUUCACAUCUAUUUUGGGUUGACGAUCAAGAUGGUAGUAAAGAUGGAGAAAGGGUCUUGCUUUGCCUAAAGCGUUCGUUGCGGAUCGCUAAUGCAGCACAGCAACAGGCAAAUGUUACAAGGGGUAGCAGUGGACCUGUCACUCUUUUUGUUGAAAUACUUAACAAGUACCUUUACUUUUUUGAGAAGGGGAACCCUCAAAUAACACCUUCUGCAAUUCAGAGCCUUAUAGAGUUGAUUAAAACUGAGAUGCAGAGUGACUCCACAACCCCAGAUAAAGCUUCAAACGCUUUCUUCUCCAGCACAUUGCGUUACGUUCAAUUUCAGAAACAAAAAGGAGGGCUAAUGGGUGAGAAAUUUGGUCCAAUUAAGGUGUGAUACUAUCAUGUUUCUUGUGGUAUUUCAAAUUUGAUGUGCUAAACACAUUGUGUCUCAAGUCCUGAAACCAGAGGAUUUAGUAGAUCUGAAACUGACAAAUGAGUCUUCUGCAGUGCUGCUUCCCAUCAAUUAUUCUAUCAGCAAUAAAUGCAACAUUUUCCUAGAGUCUUACUACUAGGUGAUUCAAUGUAAAAUUCUCCUUUUACAUUAAGCUAUUCUUUACCCUAAAGUAGUGAGAAUACGCGAUUUCUGGAAGGAGAAAUGGUCCUGUUUCACUUGAAUUCUUAUUGCUGAAUUGCCAGUUGGUUGGAGUGUAUAUAAAAAGAAAUGUUUAUUUA